AUGUACCUGGCUGUUCUCUAUGGUAUGCUCUUGCCUUACAUGGCACCUGCCACUUCCACCAAGAUUGAUGCGGCAUCUGGCAGUUCUGUCCAGUCUUUUGCCUGGCAUGGCGCCUGCCACUCUUUUCUCUCUGCGUGCCCACCAUGCGAUCAUCUACCUGACGAGGAGCUUCAGAGGCCCGAGUAUGACGAUUUCCACUCGGAUUUCCUCCCUGACUCAGAAAAUGAGGCAAGUUCGGACUCUGAGGUCGAGAUUUGGUCAAAGCAGCCCCGAAAAGAUGGUCCCCGAGGUGCUCUACCUGGAGAAGCUGCUCGAUUGAUGCUUGAAUCCGCUGAUAUGGCAAGGCUCCUCGCCAAAGAAGCUUUGAUCGACUCGACCUUCCAUGCAGCACCCCGCCAGCGGCAGAAAAACCACGAUCUAUGGGUCGAUCGUUUUGAGACAUUCCGCAGAGAAGGUCUGCAAGUCAGAGAGUUUGUUCCUAAAUCAUAUACUGGCCCAAAUUCAGGCCCAACUGCAGAUGAGAUAAGGCAAUUUUCAUCUACACCGUUCCCCGGUUUAUUCAAGGACGUGGAUCAGGUGAACAUCAUCCGCCAACAAAGGGGACCAUCGAGGACGGAGUGA